GUGGGAACGUGAUUUGGGGGGAGAAUUGCAAUGGCAACUGCAUUUGUUAUCUUCGUACGUUUUAGAGUGUGAUUCACAGUCUCUUUCGUCUGAAAUGCUUAUGGAAGUUAUUGAGGUCGAGAAUCGCAAUUAUGAUGAGGAUUCGCAGAUUGUUUCCGCAGCACAUACGAAAUUUCAGAGAGGUAAGGCAAGGCAGUCACUCUACGAUUGAUUGGACUGCUGCUGAUCUCUUGCCGCGUGAAAUGAUACGUGUCUCUGUUGAGGAUCAUUCAACAAGCAGCCACAGGGAUAAUUCAGCUGCUGUCACUCGGAUUUUGGCUCUCAGUCAAAUACUACAGUUUAGGAAGCAUGGAGUUAAAGCCUGUCGUGGCCAUGGCAAUCAAUCAAGAAUGAGUGAUUAUUGGGAGCCACAGGAUCCAACUCACCAGAUGAAUCCCCACCGUCCAUUUAUAUACCUCUAAUCAGAUAUGCACUACGACAGGGGGGAGGAGGGUAGAUUCAAGAUUUUAUGUAAAUUAGAUGAUGUAGGGCCAUUGAAGAAGUGAAAAUCAGAUGAUGGGUUGUCUACUCACUCCUCAUCGAGCAGCUUCCUUCUCAAAAAAAGCAAAGUCUGGGAAUUGAAAAAUGUCUCUCUCCCCCAAUUCCAAAGGUGGUGCUUUAAAAGGGCAGGAUUUAUAUCAUCAGAAAAUUACACAGUCUUCGGCUUUCUCUCUCAAGAAUUCAUUAGGCGUCAUAAAGUUUUGAGGUGGGGGGAAAGAGGAUCUUGGUUAAGAAACAUCAUCAAUGGAAGGGAUCAUUAAAGAUGAAACCUUGGCACCUUUAUUGUGGGGGGUGGACAUCAAUAUGCUUUCUGCCAGGAUUAAAUUUAAUGGAAAAGCAAUCAACUGGACUUGUUUUGGUUGAUUACUCUCACACAGUCAAUUCUGUCAGUCAGCUUUCCCGAAAAGAAAACUCCUCUCAGUGAACAAGAAACCCCUCUCUCUUUCUCUCUUCUCUCUCUCUCUUUAAUUUUCCAUUAAAAAUCUCUUAUUUCUUCUUCUUUCUGCUACUUCUUUUUCUUUUCACUCUCUCCCCGGCUCCCCCAUUUGCUUUCUUCUCUUCCAUGGCGGCUGCUUGUCUUCUCUCAAUAUGCUUUACUCUUGUGCUAAUUCUAAGUGCCUAUUCUGCUUCAGAUGUUGAAUUGAUUUUGAGCAAGAUCAGGCCCUCACUGCAGGGAAGUGCAGAGAACUUACUGUUGCUGUCAUGGAAUGCUUCAGUUCCACUCUGCCAAUGGAGAGGCCUAAAAUGGGCUUUCAGCAACGGUACUUCUUUGCUCUGCACAGACCUUUCUUCUCCACAAUGGACUAAUGUUUCUCUGUACAGAAACCCUUCACUCCACCUUGUCUCGCUCCAGCUCCCAUCAGCUAAUCUCUCUGGAACUCUUCCAAGAGAGAUUGGAGAGUUGACAAGCCUGCAAAGUCUCUAUCUCAGUGUCAAUUCGUUGACUGGUGCAAUUCCUGUUGAGCUUGGCUACAGCACAUCUCUUUCGGACAUUGAUUUGAGCCACAACUUGCUGGAAGGGUCAGUACCAGCAUCGAUUUGGAACCUCUGUGAUGGCCUGAUUUCCCUCAAGCUUCAUGGUAAUAAGCUCUCUGAUUCUCCACCUGAGCCUGCAUUGCCCGACUCUAAUUGCAAGAAUCUGCAGUUUCUUGAUUUAGGACAGAACAGAUUUGUUGGGAAUUUCCCAGAAUUCAUAGUAGGUUUCCAUGGUCUUAAAGAGCUUGAUCUUGGGGACAACAUGUUUUCUGGCCAAAUACCUCAGACCAUAACAGGAUUGAAGCUGGAAACGCUGAAUCUUUCCCACAACAACUUUACAGGGGUUUUGCCCAAUUUUGUGGGUUCAAAGUUUGGGGCUGAGGUUUUUGAAGGAAACAGCCCUGGCCUCUGUGGGGCUCCAUUAAGGGCCUGUAGUGGUACCUCUGGAUUGAGCUCUGGUGCCAUAGCUGGUUUAGUAAUUGGCCUGAUGACAGGCUCUGUGGUCCUGGUCUCAUUGUUGAUUGGGUAUUUCCAAGGGAAGAGAAAAAAGAAGGUCGAUGAUGAUGAAGAGGAGGGAGAGGAGUUUGAGGAAGGUGGAGAUGAGGAAGCAGGAGGCAACAAUGGUGGAGAUGGGAAAUUGAUUCUGUUUCAGGGCGGGGAGCAUUUGACUCUGGAGGAUGUGCUGAAUGCCACAGGGCAAGUGAUGGAGAAAACUAGCUAUGGAACAGUGUACAAGGCGAGCUUAACGGACGGCGGGACGAUUGCUUUGAGGCUGCUUAAGGAGGGCAGCUGCAAUGAUAGGAAGUCUUGUUUGCCAGUGAUCAAGCAGCUCGGGAGGAUUCGACACGAGAAUUUGAUACCUUUGAGAGCAUUCUAUCAAGGGAGGAGAGGGGAGAAGCUUCUGAUUUACGACUAUGUGCCGAAUAAGUCGCUUCAUGAGCUCCUACAUGAAUCGAGAGUGGGAAAGCCGGUGCUGAAUUGGGCUAGGAGACACAAGAUUGGUUUGGGAAUAGCCCGAGGAUUAGCAUAUCUACACGGUCUCGAAACGCCGAUCACGCAUGGGAACGUGAGGUCGAAAACUGUGCUGGUUGACGACUUUUUUGUGGCGAGGUUGAAUGAGUUUGGGCUCGAUCGGAUAAUGGUGCCGUCAAUGGCGGACGAAAUUCUAGCAUCGGCUAAAGCCGAUGGCUACAAGGCGCCGGAGCUUCAGAGGAUGAAGAAAUGCAAUUCGAGGACGGAUGUGUAUGCGUUCGGGAUAUUGUUGCUGGAGAUUCUGCUGGGGAAAAAGCCCGGCAAGAGUGGUAGGAACGGGGAGUUUGUUGACCUGCCUUCGCUGGUCAAAGUGGCGGUCUUGGAGGAGACAACGAUGGAGAUUUUCGACAUGGAGCUGUUGAAGGGUGUAAGGAAUCCGAUGGAGGAAGGGCUGGUUCAGACAUUGAAGCUUGCAAUGGGGUGCUGCGCGCCAGUGGCGACUGUUAGGCCGGCGAUGGACGAGGUUGUAAGGCAGUUGGAGGAGAAUCGGCCGAGGAAUCGGUCUGCUAUGUACAGCCCUGCGGAAACUAGGAGCGGGAGCGUUACUCCUUUCUGAGGUUAGUUCUUUGUGAUUCGAUUUGAUUCGAUUCGAUUCAAUUUGCAUUGGUACUUAAAUUAAUGCUUAAUGUAGUAGUUUAAGGAUCAAUUAAGGUAGACGAUGAAUGUGCUAUUAUUGAGAGAGUAUCCAUCCUAUGUUGGUUUUGAGUCUCAAUUCUAUGUUUAUAAUAUAUAAAUUUCGCAAUACAUGAAUGAUAUGUUACAACAUAGAACAACACUUCUUA